UUAUGUAGUGAGAAGUGCCGAGUUCCAGCAUGGUGUGACCGCAUCCUGUGGAGGGGAAAGAACAUUAAACAGCUUCAUUACAAGAGUCACAUGACCCUAAAGACCAGCGACCACAAACCCGUCAGCUCUCUGCUAGAGAUCGGGAUCAAGGUCGUGAACGAGGAGUCCUACAAACGGACGUUCGAAGAGAUCGUGAGGCACAUUGACAGACUGGAGAAUGAUUGUAUUCCUUCUGUGUCUCUGUCUCAAAGAGAAUUCCACUUCCAAGAUGUGAAGUUCAUGCAGCAUCAGGCAAAGACUGUGACUGUUUAUAAUGAUGGACAGGUGCCGUGUCAAUUUGAGUUAAUUCCAAAGCUGGACGAGCCCUCCUACUGCAAGCCCUGGUUAGCAGCAAACCCAGCUAAAGGCUUCUUGGCUCAGGGUGCCAGUGUGGACAUCGACCUGGAGGUGUUUGUGAACCGCUCUACAGCCCCAGAGCUGAACUCAGGCCAGCAGCAGCUGGAGGACAUCCUGGUUCUGCAUCUGGACAGAGGGAAAGACUACUUCAUCUCCGUCACGGGCAACUACCUGCCCAGCUGCUUCGGCUCUUCUCUCAGUACCCUGUGCCUGCUGAGAGAACCCAUCCAGGACAUGCCCCUGGAGACCAUCAGAGAGCUGUCAAAUAGCCAGGUGAGUAACCCAGAGACUGAUAAACCUCAAGAAAUCCCCAAGGAAAUAUGGAUGAUGGUGGACCAUCUCUUCCGUAAUGCUAAAAAACAGGAAGAGCUCUUUCAACAGCCCGGCCUGCGCAGCGAGUUUGAGGAGAUUCGUGAUUGUUUGGAUACGGGCUGCUUAGACACUCUGCCUGGCAGUAACCACUCUGUGUCCGAAGCCCUGCUCCUGUUCCUCGAUGCCCUUCCUGAACCAGUGAUUCCCUUCUCCUUCUACCUGCAGUGCUUGGAGUGCUGCUCUGACAGCAGCCAGUGUAGACAGAUCAUUUCUAUGCUACCUCAGUGCCAUAAAAAUGUUUUUAACUACUUGACGGCCUUUCUUCAAGAGCUGUUGAAGUACUCCGCACACAAUCGGCUGGAUGUCAAUAUUUUAGGUAGGUUGACGAUGCACUUUCACUACUUAUUUUGGUGUAUUUUUGUCUGCAGAUUUUUAAGA